CUCCAAUGGCAGCAUGGCCAUAUGAUGCACUGAAUGUGUGCAUGUAGUGCCAUUGGGGACAACACAGGCUUGUGCAUCUGCAGAUUUUGGUAUCUGCAGGAGGAGGAGGGGGUCUGGAAUGGAUUCCUUGCAUAUACUGAGGACUGACUGUAAAAUGUUUUACAGAAAACCAAAUCAUGACUGUUGCCUACAGCCAGAUUGCUCCCAUUCCCAUUUCCAUCCCUGCAUGUGGGGACAGGUUACUAUGUUCCUUCCAGCAGAGUGCGGUUAGCACAUUUAGUUAUAAGGGGGAAAUAUCCUAGACUGUCUCUGUUCUCUUGUAUUUAGUGCUUGAUCCCCUCAUGUGGCUCUAUUGUAACAUUUCCUACUUCCAGUCACUGCCAACUUUCUUUUCUUUUAAACCCAGGAGACAACCCAGCCAAACCUUGCCAUGUCAUUUUGAGAGGCAGCUGACAAGCAUACCUAAAGUGUUGGGGCUUAGACGCUUUCUUUCUAUGAUACAGCUUUCCAAGGGAAGCAAGACAAGCAAGCCAGCUAAUGUAGUGGAGAAAAAAGACUGUCUAUUUGGGGUGUAUGGGACUAGCUAUCCAUUGAACAGCUUCUCUCAUCAGAUACCAGGUACUUCUGGUUUGGAAUCUGAUUGCUCUGCUGAAAAGAAAAGUAGUUUGCCAAAAAAUAAGAUUGGCGCAGGAGGUGCUUUGGCAAACACAAUUUACAAGGACUUUUACAAAGAUGCAAUAGAACAGCUGGCAGAUCUUAGCUUCUCAAAUAAUCCUAGAACAGCACAGUACAGUUUGAAUAGUGGAAAACAAGGGUCAUUUCAGUCUGAGAGCUGUACACAUAAUCAUGGCAAUAAUUCAGUGAUCAGAGACCUGAAUAUACCUUUCAUACAAAUGCCAUCUAACUCUAGUCAUGUUCUAACAAACUUCAUCCACACUAAUCCACUGGUGCGUUCUUUUACGAAGAGAUGUUCCUCAGUUUCUUCUUCUGGAACUCAGAAGACAUUAGAGAACUCUCAUAGAAAUGGCAGUGGAGACCUUUACAAAAGUGGCAAUGAAACCAGUGUUUCUGGUUCUUGUACCUCAACAGAUAGUGGUAGUGAUGGCAUACCUUCUACAUUUAAAAGGAAAUUGAAAAGAGGAAAUGACAAUAUAGAGGCCACACUUCCAAUAGAAGAGAAGGAUACACCUGAGAGUGAGCAAAGAAAUAAAACUUUGCUGAAUUUUUUAAAAAACAUUAAUACUAACCUAAAACCUGACCCUAUAGAACACAAGGAAGAUGUUUCUGCUGCAUCGGAGAAUAUGUUUUCAUACCCUGAUUUUCUUCCUCCACCUUACAAUACCUUGGAUUUACAAAAGCUAUCAAAAUUGGAUGAUUGGAGAUUAGGUGUAGCUGAACCACUUGAUCAGCCUUUUGAUCUACUAAUAUCUCGUCUAGUCCGAAUGGAAAGGUUGCAGUACUUGACUAUAUUAAAAGAAAAAACAAAAGAAAGUGUUUCUCCUGCUGUGGCUGUUAAUAGCCAUUCUAGUUCUUCAAAAGAUAUACAUCAGCCGAAACAACCAAGAUCAUCUGGUCUUCCAUGUUCUCAGACAUCUUUUGAUGGUGACCUUUAUAAUUUUGGCUGUUGUGUGCAUGAGCCAGAUAUACCAAAAUGCACUAGCCAGCGCUAUCGUAAGUGGACUUCUGGAGGAUUAUCUCCUACACGUUCAACCACAUGCCAUCCACGAGCAAGCUGCAAUAUGUCAAAGUAUCGCAAAGCUCUAGCCACAGCAGACUCAACCAAUACAGUCGCUCAAAGGUCUAUAUUAUGUUGUGGAAGCACAUCAAAAAUUGAAACAGAUGCCAAAAUCAGUUCUCAAAAAUUACUUUCAUCUGACACAGCUGUGUGUUCUUCAUUACGUGACAAUGAAAGUUCAAAAUAUAAACAGAGAAAGAGAAAACCUUGCAGAACAAACGGAACAGCAGUGACAGGCAGACUCAUCAACUCUCCGAGUCAUACAAACCAGUGAGAUGCUUUGAUGUUUAGAAAUAAGAAAAAUGAAGUACACUUUGUGAACAAUCACAAAUCGAAAUAAUAAGCAAUCAAAUAACCACUCACAAUUUGAUUUCUCCAAACACCAAUUAUUGCUAGUGUGUAAUUGUUUAUGAUGCAAUGGAAUGUAACUCUUAUGUAUUUGUUUAUGAUGCAAUAAAAUGUAACAUUUCAUGUGUAAUUGUAAUAUAACAAAGUGUUACACUUCUUAUGUAUCUAAGAAGUGUACCUAAUAUAAGUACCUAAUUAAA